AUGCCGCCCCAGCAGAAGCAGCGCAAGAUGGCCAUUGUCGGCAGUCGAUCUGUCGGCAAGAGUUCCCUCACCGUUCAGUAUGUCGACGGGCACUUUGUCGACUCGUACUACCCGACCAUUGAGAACACGUUCAGCAAAGUCAUUCGCUACCGGAACCAGGACUUCGCCGUGGAGAUCAUCGACACCGCAGGUCAAGAUGAGUACACGAUACUCAACAGCAAGCACUUCAUUGGCAUCCACGGCUACAUGAUCGUCUACUCGGUCGCUUCCAAGCAGAGCUUUGAAAUGGUCAGAAUCAUUCGCGAGAAGAUCCUCAACCACCUGGGUGCCGACACCGUGCCCGUCCAGAUCGUAGCGAACAAGUCCGACCUCCGCCCCGAACAACGACAAGUCCAGACCGCCGAUGGUAAGCGUCUCGCCGAAGAGCUGGGCUGCGGGUUUGUCGAGGCCAGUGCACGCUACAACGAGAACGUCGGCAAAGCCUUCGAGGGCAUGAUCGGCGAGAUCGAGAAGGCACAAGAAGCAGGCCAGCCAAAAGAAGGAAACAGCAAGUGCAACGUGAUGUAG